AAAGUAAAUACCCCAAAUUUAAUCAUACAAUGCACCAAUAAUAUUGCCCAUUAUAUACUGUUUUGAUACUAAUAAACAGUAGCAUUCAAUAAACCCACAAAAAUACUCAAAACAAACUAACACUUAUGGAAACUGAUCUAUACAAAGAAUGCCUGCGAAACCACGCAGCCAGCCUCGGCAGCUACGCCACGGACGGCUGCGGCGAGUUCACACUCGACGACUCUUCUCCGUCGUUUCUCCAUUGCGCUGCUUGCGGCUGCCACCGGAACUUCCAUCGUAAGGUGACUAGCAGAAGCCGCAGCAAUAACAUUCAUCACACACCUACAGAGACAACUUCGGCAAUGAUGGAGUUCAUGGAUUACGGAGAUCAUACGGGGGCUGCAAGAAGGCAACUUCCGCCAGUGGUGGCGGAGUCAGGUGGCGGCCGGAGUGAAGGGGAAAGAAGUGGGAAGAUGAAGAGAUUCAGGACGAAGUUUACGUCGGAACAGAAGGAGAAAAUGUUGGGAUUUGCGGAGAAGUUGGGGUGGAGAUUGCAGAGGAAAGAUGAAGAAGAUGAAGUGGAAAGAUUUUGUAGAGGAGUUGGAAUUAGUAGACAAGUGUUUAAGAUUUGGAUGCAUAAUCAUAAAAAUUCUUCGGGUUCUUCUUCUGUUAAUUCUACUGGUAAUAAUGCUUCUUCUCUUACUACUCAGUAAGAACUCAUCCAUUUUUUUUCUUUUAUCUUUUCCUAAUGUAAUAAUUUUAUCAUUUUUAGAAAUUUCUAAUCAUGCCAAACUGUUGGAAUUAACUCUCGGAGAGGUUAGUGUUGCGUCGUUUUCGACCAUCGCCUUUUUUAGCCCAUCAAAUUCUAUCUCGAUCAUGCUUCUCA